GGCAAAAAUACGCCAUAAAGGAGGAGAUCCAAGCUCAUUUGCAUAAAAUGACAACUCGGGAGAGUGUAGGUUACCCCUGAGUGCAUUAUAUAGACGUCAGUUGCUGCGUCCUGUGCUUUCCAUUCUUGAGCAGGAGAUCGUGCAGCAAGUAAGAAGUGAAUUAGGGAGGAGGAGGCGAAAGCGAGGAAGUCCGCUAAUGUGCAGAGAGGAGUUUCCCGAGGAGAGGUAGCGCACUGCCGAAGAGAUGACGAUGGUAGUGAUGAUGAUGAUGAUGAUGCGCUGAUAAACUGCAUCGCAGACAGGAGACGGGACACGGUUGUUCAAAGCUCAUUAGCUGCGCGGGAACUUUUACUUUUUGUUUUACGGAUCUCCACUUUGGGUUUUGUAAGCCCGAUCGGUUCGUUCGUUUUCACUGUGAUGGGGGCAGCGGCGGCAGCAGCUGAGGUUGGGAUCUUCAACGGAUAUCUGGACAGCUUUGGCUCCGCGGGAGGUGCUCAUUUCCUUCUCACCUCGGCGGGAGCGGUGGAAUACAACGCGGUGAGCGGACUCGUGCAACAACAGCAGCAGGAGCACCUGAUGUCGUCGGAACGCCUGUCCCGGAGCUUAGCGGAUCUCAGCCACCUGAAGGGGAUUCUGAGGCGGCGACAGCUUUACUGCAGGACCGGCUUCCACCUGGAAAUCCACCCUGAUGGUUCCGUGCAGGGCACUAGGGAAGACCACAGCAGAUUUGGUAUUUUGGAGUUUAUCAGUCUGGCUGUUGGACUGGUGAGCAUCAGGGGUGUGGACAGUGGCCUUUAUCUCUCAAUGAAUAGCAAAGGAGAACUUUAUGGAUCGCAAAAGCUAUCGGCAGAAAGUGUAUUUCGGGAGCAAUUUGAGGAGAACUGGUACAACACGUACUCAUCCAACAUCUACAGGCACGGAGAAAAAGGAGCAUUUUACUUUGUUGCGCUUAACAAAGACGGUACACCGCGAGAUGGAACAAGAUCAAGGCGACAUCAGAGGUUCACGCACUUCCUACCGAGGCCUGUGGAUCCAGACAGAGUACCAGAACUGUACAGGGAUAUACUCGGACAGAGCUGAGGCCUAACCAAUGUGCGUCAAAACUGAGCUCAAAAGUGAUCAACACGCACUGAAGAUGUCCCAAUUUUUGGAGGGGAUGGAGGAUUCAAAAGGGAUGAAAAGAAACGGACCAAAUCUAGUCUCGCGAUUGCUGGCACAGUGGAAGUAUAGCGACCAUCUUUGAACCACUUUGCAAGGGAGUUUAACAGAAAAGCACCAGGGAACAUCUGGGAUAAUACUACCCCCACGUAUGAUCUCAUUAAUUGCAUAUGCAGUGGCUUCAGCAGCCAAGAUGGAUAUCCCUUAAAUUCCAUGCUACCUGCUUUUCCAAAUCUGCAUGUGUAAACGAACGAAGACGAGUUGAGAUGAAUAAGCAGAUUAUAGAUUUUCUUUUCUGCUGUGGCUUUUCUGUUUCAUUACAGGAUACUUUCUUCUAUGCUGUACACUACUGAAGCUGCUAAGUAAACCACUUUCUAAAAUGUGUAACCCACUAUACUGUAUGGCCGGUUUACAGAAAAGGGUAGUUUUAUGCACUGGAAAGCAGCCGUGUUUGCUCUGUAAAAGGGAGUUGAAGCCAUCUGAAAGAUCCUGAUCAUGCUCAGAAAAUGUGUAAUGCGGAAAAGAGAGAGAUAUUUGCAAAUUUGUAUGGAUUUCCAAACCCUCGUACUACACCCCAGUGAAGGAGUUGUGCUGUUCGCUCGCUGAUUACAGUCAAAAACGAGCAGGAUUUAACAGAUUCUAUUAUUUAUGAUGGGGGACAAACAGUAUAUUUAUUUCUUAUAUUUAUUUUGAAAAUAUAUUUUUACAGGUGUGACAUGAAAUAAAAAAAAAGAGUACUUCUUUCUCUGCUGUUUUACGUUUCUUUUUGCUGAAUAAUGUUGGCAUCUUCAAUUCAUUUUAGAUUUACAGUGAUCCUGA